AUGAACGGACCGCCCGUCCCAGACCCCAACCACGGGCUGCCGCCGCAGAUACCGACGCUACCGGGCGGGCUCGAUAACCUCGCCUCCUCCGCCGCCGUCACCCACCAUCCGUUUGGCGGGCCCCCAGCCUUCAUAAGCCCGGGCGACUUCGCCAGCGCGGCGUCGAGCGCGGCGGCAGACCAGAGAGAGCAGCAGCGCGCCAAGCGUCGCAUCCCGAACUCCCUGCGGAAGAGGACCCAGGUGAGCUGCGACGCCUGCAAGACGCGGCGGUGCAAGUGCGUGCGCCUCAGGGCCGCUCCGACGCCCCCCGCCGACGGGGGGCAGCCCGACACCCAGCCGCCGUGCAAGCUGUGCACCGAGGCGGGGAUCCGAUGCGUCACGACCAUGCCGCGGAAGCAGCGGGUGUACGGCAGCGUCGAGAACCUGGACAAGCGGUACCGCGCGCUCGAGGCGCUCGUCGCGGGCCUGUUCCCGGACCUGAACCCCCGCGCGCCCGCGGAAGAGCUGGUGGCCUUCGGGCGGGAGAGGGCGAUACCCAUGCCGGACUUCAGCGAGGCGCGCGACCAGCCGGGGGCGCCGCCGGCCGUCGACAGCCCCGUGAAGGCCGAGCCGGCCACCGGAGCGUCGCCGCGAGCACCCCCGAAUCCCUUGACACCGAGCCUGGAAUCCAACUUCGUGGCGAUAGCCGGGGCCGACGACCAGAAGAUCUUGCUCCCCCCGUCCUACCUGCGCGGAGUGAUCUCGUCGACGGCCCCGCAGCGCCCGCCGACCGCGACGGCGGAGGGCGGCGGCGGCGGCGGCGGCAGCGGCAGCGCCAACAAUACGAACGUCGCCAACAACAUCAUCGACCCGAACAACGAAUUCACGGGCCUGAUCCUCGACGCCGGCGGCCGGCCGCACUACAUCGGGCCCAGCGGGAGCCUCGCGUUCUACGCCAAGGUGCGCGAGCUGUUCUCGCGGCGGUACCCGGCGCCGCGCAGGAAGAGCUCGACCAAGACGAUGCAGGCGGGGCGCAGCCUGGCCCAGGGCAAGACGUCGGUCUUCAUCAACAACCUGCUGGCGGCGUCGCUGGGCGGGCUCGGCGACUCGGGGCGCAGCGGCGGCGGUGGCGGCGGCGGUGGUGGGGGCGGGGGGUCGCCGGCGGCCGGGCGCGCCGACCCGCCGGAGCCGCCGCCGCCGGACCUCGACCACCUCGACGGCGACGCGCCGCCGCGCAUCUGCGUCGACGUGCUGCGCGACUACCCCGACGACCCGGAGUUCUGGCGCUUCCGCCGCCGCGUGUCGGCGCUGGAGCUGCCGCCGCGCGACUACGCCGACGCGUGCGUCGACGCCUUCUUCCGGCUCGUGCACCCCAACUUCGUGCUGUUCCACCGGCUCACCUUCCAGGCCGCGUACGAGAAGAUGUGGCGGUGCUGGGCGGCGCACCGCAGCGGCGGUAGCGACGGCGGCGGUACCGGCGCCGGCGAGCGCGCGCGCGAGGUCUCGGCCUCGGUCGGCUGGCUGUGCUGCCUGUUCAUGAUCUUCAUCCUGGGCUCGCGCGCGCUGCCGCAGAGCGCCGACUCGCUCGACUUCCAGCGGCGCUGGUUCGCGCGCGUGGACGAGAUGCCGCUGCUGCUGGGCACGUCGAGCCUGCCGAACGUGUGCGCGUACCUGCUGCUGGCGCUGUACUACCACAACACGAACGACCGGACGAGCGCGUGGGCGUUCCACGGGGCCGGGUGCCGGCUGGCGGUGGCGCUGGGGAUGCACCGCGAGAGCGCGUCGGACCUGUUCGACCCGCUGGAGCGCCAGCAGCGCAAGCUGGUGUGGUGGACGCUGUACGGGUUCGAGCAGUUCCUGUGCUGCUCGCUGGGGCGGCCCAGCGCCGUCGACGACCGCGAGAUGGACGCCGGCAUCCCCAACGACGACUUCCUCGACGCGAACCUGCUGCCGCCGCGCUACAUCGAGCACUCCGCCCGCCUCGACAUGCUGGUCGCCGCCGUGCGCCGCGGCGUCUUCGACCCGAGCCUCGUUCCCGGCCGCAUGCACGCGCGCGCGCUCGGCUUCCUCGACGCCUUCGCCCGCUGGGAGGACGCGCUGCCGCGGGGCCUGCGGCCCGGCGCGCCCGGGCCCGGGCUCGACGGCGGCGCCGGCGCCAGCGCCAACGAGUGGCGCAGCGCGACCCUGCUCCACGUCCGCUACCACUACGCGCUCAGCUUCCUGACGCGGCCCUUCCUCCUCGAGACCAUGCAGGCCGGCCACGGCGGCGAGCCCCUCGGCCCGGACGGCGGCACGAUCCGCGCCCUGGCCCGGGUCUGCCUGACGGCGGCGAUGCGCUGCGGCGGGUACCUCAUCGGCAUGCGGCGGGCCGGCUGCGUCAACGGGGUCACCUGGGUCGACAUCUUCUACGCGUACAUGGCGAGCCUCGACAUCUCGCUCGUGCUCUUCUCGCCGGAGCUGCUGCUGGGCGAGGAGGAGCGGGCCGAGAUCCGGCGGCCGCGGCUCGUCGAGGCGCACGCGGUCGACGAGAUGAAGGACGUGGUGCGGCAGCUGUGCGACGUCAUGUCGACGAUAGAGAUGUGCGGGACCAACGCGCGGUUCGCCAAGGCCGCCUUCGAGAUCCACUCGCUGCACAUGCACCCGCCCGACAUGAAGGGCUUGGUGGUUAGGGACCUGGGCGACCGGAGCGGGAGCGGGAGCGGGAGCGGGAGCGGGAGCAGCAGCGGCGGCGACACCGUGGCCACAGCCGAGGACCAGGUGUCCCCCGGCAGCUACCCGCAGGGGAAAAGGUGCCCCGAGCUCGAGCAGGACGUGGCGGCCGGGAUCCCCAGCUACGUCUACGCCCCCGAGAACAUGGACCUGGACGACUUCGUGGACGACAGCUUCGGCAACGUCACGCCGAACCUCAUGAUGGGAAACGACGUGCAGUGGGACAUGUACGUCAACAGUCCAUACCCACCCGACAGAUUCUACCUCGCCCCCGGUCCGUGAGCGAUCUGGGGGGGGAUGGGGGAUGGGCACUAACUUUUCGGACCGAAAACAGGAUCCUACCGCCUGCGCAAUGGAGCGGCGGCGCCCUGAACAUGGACCUGGACUGGGGCUGGCCAUGCCCGAACCAGAGCUGGCACAGCGACUAUGACGGGGGACAGGCAGAUCGCAUCGUUGGUCCAGCUUGACUAAGAGGGUUACAUGAAGUCUGCUCUACCCGGUCCUCUCCCUCUUUCUCCCCUCCUAGCGGAGGAGAA